AUGGCUAUUUUAUCAUGGCUUUCCGCCGCGGCGCUGAUGUCAUCGGCGCUGGCGAUGACCCCUGAGCAGUUCAUCUCGGCUCCUCGACGAGCUGAAGCGAUCCCGAAUCCAUCAGGAAAACUGGCUGUUUUUCACGUCUCUCAAUAUUCAUUUGAAAAGCAUGAUACCAUCAAAAACGAGUGGAAUUUACUUGACUUGAAAACAGGGGACAUUAGCCUUCUCACCGACGAUGGCAGUGUUUCGGAGAUCCUUUGGCUACCGGGAGACAGGGACGGCCAUGAAAUUCUCUAUGUCAAUAGCACCAGCUCGGAGGUGCCUGGUGGGGUUGACCUAUGGACUUCUGAUGUUAGACGUUUUGAAAGACGUCGUAAGGUUGCCUCGUUUAAUGGUCCCCUGCAAGGUUUCAAGGCUGUGAAGACCAGAUCAGGCGAUAUCAAGUUCGUAGCCUAUGGUCAAUCGACAAGUGAUGGUAAACUUUACAACAAAGAGCAGGCAGAGAAGCGAUUGAGCUCAGCUCGCAUUUACGACAGUCUCUAUCCUCGCCAUUGGGAUUAUUGGUUGACUACAGAAUUCAAUGCUGUCUUCUCCGGAACGUUGGAGAGAAGACGCGGCCAUGAGUACACUUUCGACGGGAAGCUCAACAACCUUGUUGCUCCCGUAAAGUAUGCUGAAUCUCCGGGCCCACCAUUUGGAGGCGCGGGCGACUAUGAUCUGUCCCCGGAUGGGAAGACUGUUGCGUUCAUGAGCAAAGCUCCAGAGCUUCCCAAGGCCAACCUCACCACUAGCUACAUCUUCAUUGUACCUCACGAUGGGUCUUCGGUUGCUAUUCCCAUUAAUGGACCUGAGAGUUCCGCUGCUGCGGAUGGCAUUGUUGGUGCUUCAUCUAGUCCCGUCUUUUCCCCCGAUAGCAAGAAGAUCGCAUAUCUUCAAAUGGAGGAACGCAACUACGAGUCUGACCGCAGAAUCGUCUAUAUUGCCACCUUGGACGGAGGCAGGAUUGUCAGCCUUGCUAGUAAAUGGGAUAGGUCCCCAGACAGCCUUAAAUGGACACCCGACGGAAAGACUUUAUACAUGUCUGUCGAGGACCGAGCUCGUGGUAGAUUAUUUACCCUACCCACCGAUGCAGGCGCGGAUUACGUACCCGAAAACUUCACAGACCACGGUAUUGUUCGCGCUUAUCACUUCCUCAAGGACUCGACUUCCGUUCUUACUACCGCAACUACUCUCUGGUCUAACGCCAUUUACACCAUUGCAUCUCCUGAUAAUGAACCCAAAGUUUUGUUCUCUGCAAACGAACAUGAUCCGGAAUUGAAGGGCUUGGGGCCUGAAGAUAUCGAUGAGUUCUACUACGAUGGAAAUUGGACCAAGGUUCAUGCCUGGAUUGUGAAACCUGAAGGCUUCUGUGAAACUAAGAAAUAUCCUCUCGCUUUCCUUAUCCACGGUGGGCCCCAAGGAUCAUGGGGAGAUUCAUGGAGCACGAGAUGGAACCCGAAGGUUAUUGCGGAUCAAGGCUACGUUGUGGUGGCACUCAAUCCCACAGGCAGCACCGGAUUCGGGGAAGAAUUUUGUGACAGAAUUCAGAACGACUGGGGUGGAGCUCCCUAUGAUGACCUUGUCAAGGGUUGGGAAUAUAUUAAGGAAAAUUUUAAAUAUAUUGAUACCGAUAAUGCUGUUGCUCUCGGAGCAAGCUACGGUGGUUUCAUGGUCAACUGGAUCCAAGGGAUGCCAUUCGGUCGCAAGUUCAAAGCUCUCGUUUCCCAUGAUGGCACCUUCGUUGCAGCAGCUAAGAUCGCCACCGAAGAACUAUGGUUUAUGGAACGUGAGUUCAACGGCACCUUCUGGGAAGCGCGCAAGAACUUCGAACGCUUCGAUCCCUCCGCCCCUGAAAAUAUCCUGCAAUUUGCAACCCCCAUGCUCGUCAUCCACAGCGAUCUUGACUACCGUCUUGCUGUGGCUGAGGGUCUCUCUCUGUUCAACAUCCUCCAGGAACGGGGUGUCCCGAGUCGCUUCCUCAACUUCCCAGAUGAGAACCACUGGGUUCUCAGCAAAGAGAACAGCCUGGUCUGGCAUCAACAGGUUCUCGGCUGGGUUAAUAAAUAUUCGGGUAUUGAAGCAAGCAACCCCGACGCAGUUAAGCUAACCGACACGGUUGUGCCCGUGGUGGAUAUUGAUGCUGGGCCUAAUAUUUAA